AUGAUAUCCUCAAUAUGGCAUCCCUCGGGGCUCCGCUCCCCCGGCCGCCGCGCUCUCAUCUACUUCAUCUGCGGCAACCCGGGCCUCGUCGGGUACUACGCCGACUUUCUCGGCGCCCUGCACGGCAUGCUCGACGCGGCGGCCGGCUCGCGCACCGCGUACGACAUCUACGGGAGGAAUCUACUCGGCUUCAGUGACGACGAGCAUGAACCGUUUGCCGCGCCCGGGCCCGGGGGACCGCAGCCGUGGGAUCUGGAUGGGCAGAUUGAGGCCAUGUAUGAUGAUGUGGCCGCGCGGAGCCGAGGUCGCGAUCUCGACGCUGCCGAAUGCCCUCCACCGCCGGGUCCGACAGACAAUGCCCGAGGCCGCCGACGUCCGUACGACUUUGUCAUCCUCGCCGGGCACUCCAUCGGCUCGUACAUCGCCCUCGAGGUGUUUCACCGCCACGCGCAGACCCCGUCUCGGGCGCCGGAGCUCCGCCUGCGCCACGGCUUCCUGCUCUUCCCGACCAUCGUGUCCAUCGGCCUCUCCCCAAGCGGGCGGCGGGCGCAGACACUGCGCGGCGUGCCCGGCCUGGCCUCCUGGGCGCCACGAAUCGCCAUGCUCGCGCUCGCGCCCUGGACAGCCGGCGCGCUGCGCUGGGUCAUCGAGCGGCUCAUGGGCUUCUCCGCGCAUGCGGCCGCCGUGACGGCCGAGUGGCUCAAGAGCCGCGACGGUAUCCGGCAGGCGCUGCAUCUUGGUUUGUCGGAACUGGACGGCGUGCGUGAAGACGUAUGGGGGGAGGAGCUGUGGGAGGUGUCCAGAGAGAAUACCGAGGGUCUGGACGGGACAGCGGCAUCCGAGAUGACGCCCAAGUUCUUCCUAUUCUACGGUAAGGGGGACCACUGGGUUGCCGACCACGUGCGCGACGAGUUCAUUGAGCGGAGGAGGCAGCAUGGCGAGAGGGGCGGUGCAACCAGCAUCGCGGUGGACGAGGGCGGUUUACCACAUGCAUUCUGCACGACCGAGCAUAACAGCUGGGUCGUGGCUAAGAGGGUGUGCCACUGGGUGGACGAGAUUGAACGCGGCCUGAAGUUGUAG